AUGGCUGCUGCUGUUGCCAUAGACAAAGCGGAGAUAGCGAUGUUGGCCCUUGGGUUCACGCCUACCGACGAGAUCGUUAAGGCCCGAGACCAACUUGGGAUAAAGACCCAAGAUGAGUUUAUGAAGUGGGCUAGAGGGACCUUGGAGGCUGCUGCUGUUGAUGCUCUGAAGGUUGGGGAUUUGGGAGCGUUUGAGAGGAGAGUAACCCAACUCCGCCGAUAUUAUUUCGAGAAUCCAGACAGUCACACUGCCUCUCCAAACACGGCCACCAUCAUGGGCCUCUACCUCCUAUUCCUAUUGAGUGCUGACCGUACUGGGGAGUUCCACACCGAGCUGGAGCAGUUGCCUGAGGCCCUCACCAAGACCCCUCAGUGCCAGCUACCAGUUGCUGUUGAGAGGUGCAUCAUGGAGGGUAACGGUACCAAACUGAAGGCAUGUGUAUCACAGGCGGCAAAGGAUCUGCCUCAUUCAGAGCUCCUACUGCAAAGUGUGGUAAACCAGGUUCGUAUUAAAAUAGCCUCUUCCUUGGAGAGAGCCUACACGUCACUCAACUCGAAGACGGCUUGUAAGAUGCUGCUGAUGGACCCCAAGGAUAGGAAGUCGCUGGAGCUGUUCGCCAAGGCUGAGAAUGACAGGAAGGCUGCUGAUGAGGCCAACUUGUCAACGCUGGAAUUGGAGGAUCCAUCGACUCCAGCUCAAGCUAGACUGAGGAACAGGCUGAGUACUCGUUGGGUUGUAGAGGGUGACAGAUACGUGAUGAUGCCUCAGCCAUGCCUGCACUGGACCUGAUAUCCAAUAUGAUAGGUUACGCCACGGACCUAGAGCGUAUCGUGUAGGGUAGGAUACUGUGCAUCGUCGUCGUCGUUGGUGGUGGUAU